AUGUAUAAUUUGCAAUGCUUCCGUAAUACAGCCAGCAAUGCAGCAGUUACUGGUGGUCAACCAGUAGCAGUACCAACAAUUUUACCACCAAUGGAUGAACAGAAGACGCAAUCUGUGGUUGAUGAAGGUGAAGGUGAAAAGAAGAAAGAGGAAGAGGAGAAAAAAGAAACUGAAAAAGAGACUCAGGACAAGAAGGAAUCGAAGAAAGAGAGUUCAAAAAAAGAAGGCUCAAAGAAGGAGGGAUCUAAAAAAGAGGCAAAAAAUACAGCAAUGACUCAACAAAGUGACCAAAAGAUUAUAAAUGAGAUGAAAGUGAUGCCAACACAAGAAGUGCAUGUUGAGGAGGAAGGGGAGAAGAAGGGGGGCGAGAAAAAGGAAGACGAAAAGAAGGAGGAAGAGAAGGACGAGGCGGAAGAGAAGAAAGAAAAGAAUGCAGAGGAGGAUAAAAAGGAGGGAGAAACGGACAAAAAGGAAGAUAAGAAGGAGAAUGAUUCGGUAGGUGCUUGGUACACAGAAAUUGAGAAAACAUGGGAGGAGAAAGCAGUUGAAAUUAUAG